AGCCUGCUUUCAAAAAAUCGAUAAUUGGCGCAUAACAUCACCAUCGUGACUAUCACCGCAUGGUAAGAAUGUGUGUCCCACGUAGCAGGUAUGUCUCAGCGAAUGUUCUUGUAACCACUUAUUCACCCUCGAAGGAUCUUUAGAAGUAGAAGCACAAGCAGAAUGUCGAUACCCUCUCCUGACGCUCUUGGCGAACAGAGCGGCAGCUCUGCCUGGGAGUUCGUCUGCAAAACCUCGGAGUUUGAUGAGCACAAUCGCUGCCACCGAAGGUUGCGAAGUGGACGGUUCGUGACCGUUGUAGCGCACAAAGACCGAUAUCAUUGCAUCGACAGCAUCUGCUAUCACAUGGGCGGACCUUUAGGCGUGGGUGAUAUUGAGGACGUAAAGGUGCCGCGUUCUGCUACAGGAUCUAAAUCUGCUGGAAAUUCUGAGCUGACCUCAGGGCAAAAGCCUAGAACGGGGGGAAAUUUGUCUGAGUUGUUUGCGCCAGUAGGUGGCCUGAUACGAAACUUCUUUGGCGGGAGCUCUAGCAGCACGGAAAUCGGCGGAACUUUUCAUGGAUCACCAGAGACUUUCACGCCGCAAUCAUCGGGGACCGGACAAGGGCGUGCGCAUGGCAGCAGGACAUCGCCGGGGACAGCGCCACAUCCACCCGAUGGUCACCCAAUGCCAGAGGAGCCCGUAAUUCUUUGCCCGUGGCACUAUCAUAAAAUUUCGCUAACAACGGGCAAAAAGUUUACGGAGGGCCUCAAGCCGCAUCGAGAUCGAUUCACUGGUGCAUUUACCAUGAAAAAGUGCGGUCUGCAAGAAUCCCCGCACGCUUUCCAGCAGGUACAUGUAGCAAAGGAGGAACAAGGUAAAAUUUUCGUUGUGGAGUGCGGCAAAGAGGAGGCUGCAGCAGGUCUGAGCGGCUGGCUCGGUGUAGCAACUGCCCCUGCCGUACGGGAUUGUGUUGGCCUGGAGCCUCCGCCAGUCGCGAAAGCGAAUACCUAUGCUUUCGAUUCAACGUGUGCUGGAAAUUUAGCUGGAAGGCCGCAAAUUCAUUCACGACAAUACAGAGCGCAGUCAGCACCAUACUCAAUAGACAGUGGGGGAAGCAUCUCUUCAAGUGGACCAAUAGUGGCUGCCCCAAUUGGUGGCGUCGUUGAUAGCUCGGCCUCUUGCAUAGGACCAGGAGGCAGCAUGGGGGUGUUGGGAAACAUGCCAGGCCCCAGCUCUUUAGGUUUCGCUCCCGAUUGCUCACCAAUAGUGGGAGCCACGACAGGAAAGUUGGAUUUGGAUGGAAAUUGCCAAGACCCGAUGCUGGCCGUACCGCAGAUGAGAAAACGAUCGUUAGAAGACGACCCUGUACAUGAUGCGCCCGCAUCGAACUUCGUAUCAACAAAAAGGCCGCGUUUUGGUACACCUCCAAGCGUCUAGUUUUUAUUUCUUGAUUGCGGUUGUUGCUUGCUUUUGCUUUUAAACAAACGGUGCGGGAAAGCGAACAACCUGCGCAGGGAUUGCACACAUAAUGCUCUCAACCUAGUUUCGCAGACGCUGAUCUAAACCUUCAUUUGGAUGAUUUCGCGCUAGCAGCAGCUAAAUGACAGCUUAUCGGUUGACACAAAAGGAACAAGAACAACAGAUCCGCUUUAGAAAUCAGGGAACAGACCUUGAGAAACGAAAAAUGCACACGCGUUGAUUCAUGAUUAUGGAAUGCAAGCAGGUUCAAACACUAGGAAAUUCAGAUCGAACACGUGCGCAUGAUAAGAUCGAAACGAAAUCCAUAGGGAUUUCU